AUGAACAAAGUGGGCCCCUCAGCUAGCGGCCUGGACAAGGACCAGGAAGACAUCAUUGCAGAAAACAUCCUGAAACGAGCCGAAAUCGCCCGAAUCACUAGACAGUUGCGCUCAAAGCUUCUCAAGGCUGGGAUCAAGGCUAGAAUCGAUAAUGGUAUUCCUGUGGACCUUCCGAGUCGGUCUGACAGCUCGUUGCCGUCUUCGCCGGCGAAUCCACUAAGGGAUCCUGUUUUCGUGCCGUCAUCCGCGCAGAGAAAACGCCGGUCAGCUCACGAGAAGGAACUAGACACACAGAAUGAUGAGAAUGAUCACGAUAACGAGACGGACGACUACGUGUCACCCUCGAAGAAACAUCACAACGGAAACCUUUCCUCGUCACCGGUGUUCAGAGAGUCUAAUUCCACACCGGCUGUUCCGCAAACUCCCCCAAUGAGCUCACGAGCUCAACUUGCAACAGCUACUACACCCGAAAUGGCUAGGACGCCUGGAAAGGAGCUUGAAGAGGGUUCAGCCCAGUCUGCAUUGCAAAACGCCAUCUUCGCUACGCCCAAGGCCAAGCUUAUCCGCCAUCCUUACGAGUUCAAAACUCCGACCUCACUAUCGUCUAGACUUCUCGCCAAUCAAGCGAUAGGUUCCAGCUCAGCUGGCAGGUAUGAAAAUGACCAGGAGGAGGGUGCUGACCUGCUGAUGUUUCUGGCAACAUCACCUUCCCCGGCCUACCACAAGGAUAGAGAUACUUCGUACAAUGGCUCCAGGAAUGCUGUCACGAGCCCGAAGACGCUUUCUUUUCAAAAUUUGAAUUCUACGCCGCCCCGGCCCGAUGCGGCCAAUAUGGCUUCUCCGGACCCGAUCAAGGCAGCCAAUCAGCAUCACGCAAAUGGCAGUUCGAAUGGGGCUCAAAGUGGCUCAGCUUCGACUACGAAUCAGAUAUUGAUUCAGCAUUCUUCUUCUCCCCAGCACUCGCGGUUUGCGACUCCCGCCGCACCAAACACACCAGGUCGUCACCACAAGCUCCAGGUGGGGCCUAAGACGCCCGGGUUCAGUAUGAGCGAUUAUGUGAACCUUUUCACACCAUCCCCAAGGUUCAGCAGGACCCCUGACUCUCACAAGGUGGGCACAGGGACGUUUUUGAAUUUAGGAAAGGAGGGUCCUUUCCGAAGCCUUGAUCAGCAGCUGACUGAAAAUGACUCUGACCGGAUUUUCUGA